AUGGGAGGGACUAGGAUGCUGUGGCAAAUAGCACUGCUGUCCCUCGUGGGCACUGUGGGCACUGACGCUGAUACGUCAUGCUCGGGCCUCUGUGGACAGAGACCAUUGGCCAAGAAAUUUGGCACUCGCAUUGUUGGGGGCGUGGACGCACGCCCAGGGGCUUGGCCCUGGAUAGUCAGUAUGCAGCUAGCAUAUUGGAAUGGCAGGUACAGGUACCACAUCUGUGGGGGCUCCCUCAUAGCUCCAAAUUGGGUUCUCACCGCUGCCCACUGCUUCAGCAAUAACAACACUAACUUGAACAUGUGGCGGAUGGUGAUUGGCGCAUGGGAGAUUCAGAUUGGGUGGACCUACGGCUCCAUAGACCCCAAAGUGCAGGAGAGAAGGCCCAUCAAGAUUCUCAUACAUGAAAAUUACAAUGGAAAUACUCAGAAAAAUGACAUUGCACUGAUCCAGAUGGACAGACCGAUACAGUGUGGGGACUUGGCACGUAUUGCCUGCCUGCCCAGGCCCGGCGAGUCCCCAGUCAAGCCCGAGGAGCGCUGUUACAUUGCUGGCUGGGGGUACAAAGUGGAAGGUGGUUCCCCAUCUCGGAUACUCCAGGAAGCCCAGGUGAACAUCAUCGAUGUGAGGACAUGCAACGGAAGCCGUUGGUACUAUGGGCACAUUCACCCAACCAACCUUUGUGCCGGCUAUCAGGAGGGAAAGAUUGACACUUGCCAGGGGGACAGUGGUGGGCCGAUCAUGUGUAAAGACAAGUACAGUGACACCUACGUGGUGGAUGGCAUCACAAGCUGGGGGUCUGGCUGCGCCCGGGCCUUUCGGCCAGGCAUCUACACGUCCACCUGGCACUUUCUGGACUGGAUCUCCUCCAAGAUUGGGCCGGCCUCCGUCAUUGCCGACCUCCCUCCUCGAACCACUACCCCGCCCACAACCACGACCACGACCCCACCCCCUCCCCCUCCCACCACAACCGUGAAAACAGUCCCACCCUGGAUCUGGCCCCCCACUUACAGACCCUGGAUCACGAGGCCCAGAACCACUUAUAAGCCCUGGUGGAUGAGGACCUCCACCCCCCACUUCUGGAUCACCCAUUACAGGCCCUGGAAGGGCGCUUCACCCCACAUCUGGCCCCAGACCUACCAGCCCUGGGCCCCAACCACUGCCUUACCAGGCCCCGUGCCUACUCACCCACCCAUGUAUACUGCCCUCCGGCCCUGGGUCUCCAGUCCCGUGAUGGUCAAAGCCCAGGUUCGGGGCCCCAAUCAGGACUCCCCCCUCACAGUCUCCUUCCCCAAGCGCCUGAGGUUGCUCAUGGAAUCUAUGAAGAGCAACAGGUCUGCCUAGGGCUCUGUCUGGAGAGCGCUGUCCGUGGGUGGUGGGCCGCAGGCCGGCUUCAGCCCAGGCCUUCUGCCCUCGGCCCUGGAAAUGGGCCAAUAAAGUCGCCUGUGAAGCUGGUCCUGCCUGCUAGCUCUGCCCCACCCCCACCCCCACUUCAUGGCCUUGGGAGACCAAGGGGGCCAGGAGGAGCCGGGACACUCAGCCAGAGGCAGAACCAUUUAUUUAGUAAGCAGCCUCUGCUCUGCCAGACUCUUGGAUAACCUAAGGGCUGGACGGGGCUUUCAGCCCCGGCCUUGAAGCCCCAAGGCCAGGGGGCUCAGCUGGGAGGUCUCUCCCCACCUCCAGAGAGGGAGGCUGGGCUCUGGCGCCGAGGACCUGGCCUCCCACUAGGUCUCUGCUGCAAACCAUCUCACUUCCUGAGGUUUCCUCAGGUGGCUGGGACAAGGGUAGACUAGAUGAUCUCUGGGGUCCAUGACUGGGCUAGGCAGAAGAACAUCCAGGCUGUCCCACCUGCUCCUGCCCCUGGCAUCUCCUCCCCUGGUCCUUCCUCCCAUUCUGAAGUGCUGCCCCAGGUGCCCCAGGACAGUGCUGCCCCUGCCCCUCCCAGGGUGCCGGGGAUGAAAAGCCUCAGAACAAAGUCCUCACGGGCAUCCUGCGUGGGCCUCAGAUGGGGCUGCAGUGGUCAGGAAACCUGGUCCUGCCCACUGCACAACAGCCCUGGUGCCUUUGCCCCUCCCUCUCAGUCCAGCCUGCCUUGGCUUCCUAUAACUGGGCCUCCUCUCCCUCCUGGUCUCCUUGUGAACAUCCCCCAGGUCAUUCAACAUCCUCCCUAAAAUGUGAAAUCCAAACCCACUACCCAAGACGCUCCUCACCCCAGACCUCCACCCUUGUGGGAUGUAGCUCUAGGUAGCUUCCCACUGGGGGCUUGUCAAGGGACACCGAAGACACGCGCUGACCCGGCAGCCUCCGGGCCUCCCCCAUUGCGUAUUUGUGGGGCUGACUGUCCUAGCCCAGGAAAGUGAGGAUCUGUUCUAGGCUGCUCUAGGCCACAAAGAACUAGACUUGGCAGGCGCCUCUUUCCAGGAUGGCUUCCACGACCACCGGGCUGGUGAAGAUGAUGGCAGCAUGUCACAGAAUCUGGAGCUGGGAGGGACAGAACCCACUCCUCCAGCCCCUGCCACCACAUCCCCAGCAGGGCUGUGGUCUCUGUGUGAAUGCCUUGGGGGUGGGAGCCCAGCUCUGCCUUGGGCAGCUCCCCUGGUCAGGACCCCUUCCCUCACCGCUCCUGGGCUCUGGGACAACCGGCCCCCACUGCCUCCCCCAGCACCGUCCCAUGUCCAGCAGACAAGGGCCCGCCUAGAAAGCCCCAUGGGAGGCGCUCUGGCCCACCCUGCUGGGCUGUCCAAGGGGUAGGGGGUGGGGGGGAGGUUCUGCACCAACAGUGAAGCUCAGCAUCCUUCGGGAUGUGUUGGAAAAUGGGAUUCUUUCUCCCCUGCAGAUCCCCACUCUAGAUCAUACCCGCCCUCUGAUGAGGGAAGUCUGGUUUUUGGUUUUCCCUUAUCCAUCUUCUUUAGACGUUUUUCUUUCCUGGUUGUUUUGUUCUGUUUUUGAGGGGGGCGGGGGGAGGAGGUUCCUGAAGCCACUUGCUCCCUGGAGAAAGAAGUCAUCCACACUGCUCCAGCCUCUGCUUGGCACUGGCUCUUCACAGCCAGGGCCCCUCCUCCCUUUCCAGGUUCUCUCCAUCCUCCCCUCCCCCCAGAACCACUCCAAUCCCAACCUCAGCAGGAAGCCCCUCCUCAGCUCACCCCCAGCCUGGCAGUCAAGGCCUUCCCCUCAGAGAGGACCUGCCCUGGGCUUCAUAUGGGCCUCUGCCAUGCCUGCUAUUUCAGGGCUUGUUAACUCAGUGCUUGAUGAAUGCCUGGGUGCAGCCUCCUCCUUGGCGCCCAUCCUAGAAGGGGGUGCCUAGCCACUGGGCCGCUCUGUCGUGUACUGGCCUCUCAGGGGUGAGUCUGAGCCAAGCCCCGAUUCCAUCCCGCCUUUCCCUCUGCUUCCCGCUCUUCAUGGGACUCCUCAAACACAGGUCUCUGGAGUGCCCUCCCAUGCCCAGGGCAGCUCACAUCACCUUCGAGGGGACCUUUCCUGACCCAUUCCGCAGCCACCACACGUGUUGGCAACCCCUUGUGGAUUGGGGUUGGCCAUCGCCUUCUCCAGCUCAUUUUACAGUUGAGGCAAACGGUGAAGUGAUUCAUCCAAGGAUACACGGUCUGAGGUCUGGGGUCGGAUUUGAACUCAGAGCACAAGGCCUGAGUUAGACACGCCUAUCUACUGCGCCCCUGCACGCUCCCCACUGCAAUCUUGUCUCCUUGGAGAGAUUAGAAGCCCUUUGAGGGCAGGGAGUUUCACUGGGGUCUUUGUCAUUUCAGUGCUUGGCACAGUGCCUGGCACACACAACUGAUCAGGCUUAUGGGCCACGCUCACCCAAAUCCCUACUUGGCCAGACACUGGAGGCCAUAGCUCUCUGGACAAGUGGGCUGAGCCCCGAGUGUGCACAAGAUGUGUGUGUGUGUGUGUGGGGGGGGUGGACCUGUCUCUAGAUACUUCAUAGGCUGGGGACGAAGUACAUUUGGAGACCUUCUCUGUCUAGGCAUGAAGCGGGCAUCUGUGAGCAGGGAGAGAACAUGUGUCAAGGCAAGGAGAUCCAAACCUCUUCAUGGACACAGGGUCUUGGGGGGGGAGGGGCGCAAUUAGAAAGUCAAGAGUUCAGGGCAAUGAGGUGGCAGUGGAUAAAGUACCAGCAUUGGAUUCAGGAGGACCUGAGUU